AUGUCCGCCGCAAGCCCACCAGGUAGUGCGCCGAAAUCGAUGUCUUCCAGACUUCUGACUAUGAAGUUUAUGCAAAGAGCUGCGCACUCAUCGCCAUCUGCCUCCUCAACCGUCUCCCCAGAUGAGCCUGCACCCAAGCGCCGGCGGACAGAUUCUGCAUCGAAUCCUACCAAGACCGACGUCGAUGCGCUCACAGAUCGUAAAGCUGUUGAAGCCGCGAUGGCAAGUGAGGAAGCUAAGCGCCAGGCUGCCUUGGAGAAACAAGCAGCAGAGGCUGGCGAUACAAGAUGGGUUCUGAGCUUUGAGGACCAAAAGCACUUGGCUCCCUCCCCGAUCCUAGCUUUACGAGUGGUCCAGACUGGCUUCGCAAGUCUCGACGCUUCCCCUUCAUCCGCAAAAGUUGAGUAUGAUGAGGAGGAGGAGGAGGACAAGCCCGUGAUGAUUGGAAGGAGAAGCUAUGGCAGAUUCAACAAGGUCUUGGAGAAACAACAAAAUCCUUCAAUGGAGGAUUCCUCUGAAUCUGAGGAUGAAGAAGAUGACAAGUUAUCUGGCUCGGACAGCGAUUCUGACGACCCUACAAGUGCUCUGAUCAAGUCGACUCGUCAGGAGGUUUCUGAUCGAGCAAGAGCGGAUCGUAAGGUCAAUAGCCGCGCGUCCAAGGCCGAAUCUGAGGAGACAGCCAAGACAAGAAGAAAGGGCUUGGUAAAUUUGAACGGGAUGACGAGCCUGAGUGGAAAGCCAGACAGGCAGGCGCAAGUUCCCCCAGGUUUUACUUGUUACAUCUGCGGUGGUCCUCACUUCAAGAGAGAUUGCCCGAAGAGCAAGCGGAGUCACUUUGGAGGUGAUGAUGGCCCACCCAGAAAGACCAUGAGGCUCCAGUGA